AUGGCUGCCAAUUCUGCUGAAUAUGAACCUUUCUUGGAGCAAGAGUCCAAAAGAACGAGCAUGGACUCUCAAGGCUUUGUAAAACACCAAGCGGUACCUGAAAAUAGGUGGAUUGUGAAAGUCCUUGCAGUCAUCGCUGUUUUCUCCACUUUCGGCAAUGUCGCCUGGGUUAUUCAGACCUUUCAAACAUCAUCUGCAAAGCCUUGGGACAAUCUCAAAUAUGAAGGUCACGAACAAAGUCGUUACGCUGGCCUUGUUCGCGAUAUCCCAACACCCUUUAGAGACGACCUGAUCUUCUCUCCUCAAAACCGUUCUUUGUCGGAUGCUGCUUGGGAAAACUGGGUUGUCGAUCCAGGAAUUGUGGCAUUGCCUCAUGACUGGGUCAAGGGGAAGAUGCUUUCACGAGCCCAGCACUGGCCCUGGGAUGGGGAUAAAGGUGUAUAUCUUUUGAAUGGUUUCCACAAUAUUCACUGCUUGCAAUUGAUUCGUAGAUCACUCAUCGAUGCCGAAGGAAGAAAACCGGACGAUGAUCAUUAUUUGGCCGCCCCUCUUGAACACAAUCUACACUGCAUUGAAGCUCUUCGUCAGGAUGCUAUGUGCAACGCAGAUGAUACUCCACGCUAUUCAGGCUACUCGGCAAAAGAAGCUUCGGGAGUCAUGCAAACAAGAAUGUGUCGAAGUUGGGAUAAGCUUGAGGCCUGGGCUCGAGACCAUACCGCUUGUUACCGCGAUGUUGGUCGAAACGUCGAAGGCUUUCCCAUGAUUGAAAAGUUCAAGUUUUGUCCCCCGGGCUACGUAUUUUCUGCGACAGGAAGUCCCAUGGCUCCAUGGGACACUGGAUCAGGUCUUUCUAUGCCUGGCGAUGAGUAA